AUGACGGAUGAGGUUACUGAGGCCGCUACAAGCGAAGGAGGUACGACAGCUGCUCCCGAAGCAACGAGUACGACUGGUUCUGAAGCUACUGUCGAACCCACAGUAGCGGCCAGUACAGCUGCUAUGACCGAUGAGGUUGCUGUCACUACUGCAGCUCCUGUGACUGCCGAAGUGACCAUAAGCACGGCAGCUGGGGAAGCUCCCGGUAGAGACAAGGAUGAUUCUGAUGCUACCACCCAGGUCGCUACGGAGGCUGCGACUAUCACGACCACGAUGGGUGCUCCUGUUGAGCCUACUACUAUCACGUCCCCUCUAUCGGUCAGCACAGCUGCCGUGACCGAUGAGGUUGCUGUCACUACUGCAGCUCCUGCGACUGGCGAAGUGGCCAUAAGCACGGCAGCUGGGGAAGCUCCCAGCAGAGACAAGGAUGAUUCUGUUGCUACCACCCAGGUCGCUACGGAGGCUGCGACUGUCACGACUACGAUCGAUGCUCCUGUUGAGCCUACUACUAUCACGUCCCCUCUAUCGGUCAGCACAGCUGCCGUGACCGAUGAGGUUGCUGUCACUACUGCAGCUCCUGUGACUGGCGAAGUGACCAUCAGCACGGCAGCUGGGGACGCUCCCGGUAGAGACAAGGAUGAUUCUGUUGCUACCACCCAGGUCGCUACGGAGGCUGCGACUGUCACGACUACGAUCGGUGUUUCUGUUGAGCCUACUACUAUAACGUCCCCUCUGCCGGUCAGCACAGCUGCUGUGACCGAUGAGGUUGCUGUCACUAGUGCAGCUCCUGUGACUGGCGAAGUGACCAUAAGCACGGCAGCUGGGGAAGCUCCCGGUAGAGACAAGGAUGAUUCUGAUGCUACCACCCAGGUCGCUACUGAGGCUGCGACUGUCACGACUACGAUCGAUGCUCCUGUUGAGCCUACUACUAUCACGUCCCCUCUAUCGGUCAGCACAGUUGCUGUGACCGAUGAGGUUGCUGUCACUACUGCAGCUCCUGUGACUGGCGAAGUGACCAUCAGCACGGCAGCUGGGGAAGCUCCCGGUAGAGACAAGGAUGAUUCUGAUGCUGCCACCCAGGUCGCUACGCAGGCUGCGACUGUCACGACUACGAUCGGUGUUUCUGUUGAGCCUACUACUAUAACGUCCCCUCUGCCGGUCAGCACAGCUGCUGUGACCGAUGAGGUUGCUGUCACUAGUGCAGCUCCUGUGACUGGCGAGGUGGCCAUUACGACGGCAGCUGAGGAAGCUCCCAGCAGAGACAAGGAUGAUUCUGAUGCUACCACCCAGGUCGCUACGGAGGCUGCGACUGUCACGACUACGAUCGGUCAUCCUGUUAAACCUACUACUAUAACGUCCCCUCUAUCGGUCAGCACAGCUGCUGUGACCGAUGAGGUUGCUGCUACCACUGCAGCUUCUGUGACUGGCGAGGUGACCAUUUCCACCGCAGCUGGGGGAGCUCCCAGUAGAGACAAGGAUGAUUCUGAUGCCACCACCCCGGUCGCUACUGAGACUGCGACUGUCACUACUACGAUCGAUGCUCCUGUUGAGCCUACUACUCUUACGUCCCCUCUACCGGUCAGCACAGCUGCUGUGACCGAUGAGGUUGUUGCUACCACUGUGGAGACGAUCGAUUCCGAGACUACUCUCAGUCCGAUUGUGUAG